GCCGCCGCCGACCAUGCCGCUGGAUCACCGCCGCCUGUGCGGCCCGGAGGAGUCGCAGCCGCCCGCUCUGUGGGCAGCGCUCGCGGCCGAGGAUGAGGACGAGGAGGGUGCGGGGGCCGCGCCGCGGGACCCCUGCUCCCUGCGGCCGCUGUUCGCGCGGGCCGGGCUGCUGAGCCAGGCGCAGGGCUCGGCCUACGUGGAGCUGGGCAGCGGCACCAAGGUGCUCUGCGCCGCCUGGGGCCCGCGGGAGGCGGCCGAGCCCGGCCCGGGCCGGUUGCUGUGCGAGUUCCGCCGGGCGCCCUUCGCGGGCCGCGGGGCGCGGGGCCGGCCGGGCGGGCUGGCGGAGCGGGAGGCGGAGCGGGAGGCGGCGGCGGCGCUGCGGGAGGCGCUGGAGCCGGCGGUGCGGCUGGGCCGGUACCCGCGGGCCCGCCUGGCGGUCAGCGCGCUGCUGCUGCAGGACGGGGGCUCGGCGCUGGCCGCCGCCGUCAGCGCCGCCGCCCUGGCGCUGGCGGAUGCCGGCGUGGAGAUGUUCGACCUGGCCGUGGGCUGCGCGCUCUGCCGCCCGCCCGCCUCCACCGCCGCCCCCGCCGCCUCAUGGAUGCUGCAGCCCGCGGAGCCCGAGGAGCGCCGCGCCGCCGCCCGCCUCACGCUCGCCCUGCUGCCCGCCCUCAACCAGGUGUCGGCCGUGCUGGGCGGCGGACAGGGCGGCCCCCCCGAGGACUGGGCGCAGGCCCUGCGGCUCGGCCUGGACGGCUGCCACCGGCAGUACCCGGUGCUGCGGCAGAGCCUCCUGCGGGCCGCCCAGCGCCGCGAUGCUGCUGCUGCUGCUGCUGCUGCAGCCGCUGCCUCUGUGGCCUGAGCGCCCCUGAGACCCGGGUGCCCCGGUGUGGGCACGGGAUCGUCAC